AUGGGCGUCCUUACUAUCUUCCUUGACAAAGCUGAAAACCUUGGCAAUGCUGAUUUCUUCUCUGCCUCUGAUCCUUAUGUCCUCUUGGAAUUGGAGCAGGACAACUGGGUAAAGGAUGUUGACUAUGGAGUCCAAAAGAGCAGCUCCAAGAAUGAUGAUCUCAAUCCUGUCUAUGGAGAAACUUUCACUUUCAACAUUCCUACUCUUGACAACAUGGUCUUGACCUGCAAAAUCAAGGAUGAUGAUACUGGAUCCAGCCAUGAAAAAUUGGGAUGGUGCAAAUUCAAUUUGGAAAAAUUGGGACUUUCCGAAACACCCAUGGCGGUUGACAAGGUUGUGGACAGAAACGUUUUCACUCAGAGUGCCAAAAUCUAUCUCAAGCUCUCCUACAAGGAGUAA